UCCACACAUGUUUACGUUCACCAGGGAAACCAUUUUCCAUUCAACACCGUAACGCUUUGUUGCACUUGCAGAUUCUGGUAGCCACCUGUAAAGAUGUGGUCACUAACUAGAAUCUACCAUGAGUAUAACUGGGUAAUGAAAGAUGCAACAGAUCCACGUACAUCGGGAUGGUUGUUGAUGACAUCACCCUGGCCGACGGUGUCUCUGGUGAUCUUGUACCUUAUCCUCGUCAUACAGGGUCAGCGAUGGAUGCGGGACAGAAAGGCACUGGAAAUAAAAAACGGCCUUAUGGUUUACAACUUCUGUCUCGUUCUCCUUAAUGCUUACAUAUUUUACGAGUUUUUGAUGACAUCAUGGUUGAAUCCUGCUUUUAAUAAAGGGUGUCAAACCAUGGAUUAUUCUACCAACGAACUGCCUCUCAGGCUGGCAAAGGUAUGCUGGUGGUACUACUUCUCCAAGAUAAUAGAAUUCAUGGAUACAUUUUUCUUCGUCCUGCGUAAAAAGAACCAACAGAUAUCCUUUCUACACGUAUACCAUCACUCUACCAUGCCUCUACUCUGGUGGAUUGGAGUCAAAUUUGUACCUGGAGGGGAAUCUUACCUGUCUGGGAGUAUCAACAGUUUUAUCCACAUCCUAAUGUAUACCUACUACUUCCUGGCCGCCAUGGGGCCUCACAUGCAGAAGUUUCUGUGGUGGAAGCGAUAUAUGACAGCUCUACAGCUGAUACAGUUCUGGUGGAUCUUCGGUCACGCACUGUAUUCGCUCUAUUUGAGCUGCGGCUAUCCUAACGGGUACAACGUGGCUUUGAUCUGCUAUGUCAUGUCCCACAUCCUUCUCUUCUCCAACUUUUACUACCGAACCUACACCAAGAAGGCACAGUCCGGCAAGGUCAAGGCCCGCAAGGAUGGGGCCCCCGACAGGGUCAUCAAAGGGGCACAUAACGGGGUAUCUAACGGAAAUAUUAACAGUAAACAUGAUGAGAAUUGAGGACCUUGAACUGUACUACUGGUAUUGUGUGAAUUUAUUUAUUGUGAGAAAUAUCUGUCCUAAGUGAGUAGUUAAUGUUUUGUGUGAGAUGCACUUGUUCUUUGUGAGAAUUGCCUGAUGGCACGUGUGAGAUGUUACCAGUUCUGUGUGAGAUGUACCAGUUUUGUGUGAGAUGUACCAGUUUUUGUGAGAUGUACCAAUUUUGUGUGAGAUGUACCAGUUUUGUGUGAGAUGUACCAGUUAUGUGUGAGGUGAACCAGUUUUUGUGAGAUGUACCAAUUUUGUGAGAUUUGCCAGUUCUAUGUGAGAUGUACCAGUUCUUUGUGAGAUGUUACCAGUUCUGUGUGAGAUAUACCAGUUCUGUGUGAGAUUUACCAGUUCUGUGUGAUAUGUACAAGUUUUGUGUUAGAUUUACCAGUUCUUUGUGAGAUGUUACCAGUUCUGUGUGAGAUGUUACCAGUUCUGUGUGAGAUAUACCAGUUCUGUGUGAGAAUACCUUUCCUUGGGAUUGGACUAUCAGAAAUUUGCUUGUUAUUUGUAUUACAUUUAUAGGGUGAUACCAACAUGAAGAUUAAUAGAAUCCUUCACCC